ACAUACAAGACGGUGUGCAGCGCCUCAACUCUUGACUCGGGGCAAAGCUGCGACCUCUAGAACGACUGGCAAACGGCCGCGACCAAGGAGUCUGGCCAUCUACCAGACUUGCAAGCAGCCCUACGUGGGCGGCCUACUUCAAAAGGAAAGCAACUAAGCUCGCGGCCCAGCUUUUCGACUCUGUUUGGGGCCUUCGAUUCCAGCUCCUGUAGCUGGGCGCGGAGCCCCCUGCUGAGAGCGAGCUAAUAAGUAUACGGCGCCAUGGCGUCCCCACCGCCCUCUUCCUCGAUGCCCCCGCCGCCUCCCCCCGGCGCCGUGUACCACGACUGGGGGCCGUAUGUGUCAGUGUUCCUUAUUUGCCUGGCCAACUUCCUGUGCUACUUCUGCAACGACAACGGCCUGUUUGGACGGUGGCUGUGGAAACGACACGGGCGGUCGGCCUUCUUCGCCUCAAACACGCGCGGGGGUGCAGGGUGGAAGCAUUCGCUACCCAACACUUUUUGGGCCUUUGACGCCCUUGACCCAAAGUCCAUUGUGACGUCCUGGUUCCUGGGCGACUGGGGUGUGCUGGUGGUGCACGUGAUGACGUUCACGUGGCUCAUGAUCUGCCUCAUCGUGGAGCAAACCAAGAACGACCCGCUGAGCCCCGAGUGGGUCACCUACUUCACGCACUGGAGUCUGGUGCUGCUGUCGUUCGCGGGCGGCGUGGCGCUGGUCACGCACGUGCGCUACAUGUGGCGCCGUAAGAGCGCGGGGCUGGCGUUGUCGCGGGUGAGCCCGGAGCCGUCGCUGGUCAACGUGAACGUGAGCGCCGGCGUGGGGGCCGACGAGCUGGCGGAGGCGGGCGUGCACCCCAAGCACCUGUGCGAGGACGGCAAGGCGGGCGGCGGCGGCAGCAAGCCCCACGACCCCUCGGACGAUGCGGCAACGUGGGACUGGCUGUCGUGCUUCUCGCAGCUGACUAUGCAGACCGCAGUCAACGCCGCGUUCUUCCUGGAUGUCUACUACUGGGUGGUGCUGGUAUUGAUCCAGGACAACACCGUGGAGGGCCCCGCCACGCAGCUCAAGCACGGCGGCAACCUGGGCAUCGCCCUCCUAGAGGUGCUGCUCACACGCAUGCCCAUCGUGUCAGUGCACUUCCAGGCCACGCUGGCGUACGGCACCUGCUACAUGGUGUUCCUGUGGAUCUACGGGAGUGUGAGCGGCAUCUGGCGCUACUCGCUAAACUGGAAGACGACGUCAACGGUCAUCAUGCACGCCGCAGUGCCCAUCGCGCUGUGCGUCUUCAUGCUGCUCUGGUGGGGUAUUGCCAUGCUGCGUGACGUGGCGGGCGCCGCCUUCAACCGCUGGCUCGGCCGCCGCCGCCAUCCGGUGGCCCCCAGCGCCAUGCGCGAUCAGGGCGCGGUGGUGCUGCACGGCUGAGCCCACUGCUGGCCACACAUCAUCUCCUUUGCCCCGGCCCCGGUCCUGGCGGUCUGGCCCUGGCCCUGGCCCUGGCUCUGGCAGCUGAGGUGUGUUGAAUCUGAUGCCAUCAGGACGUCAAACGCAUGCGAGGCAAAGCCACAUCUUAACGAUUGCCACGUUGUGUCAGACGGUCAUGCGUCAUUGUAUUGAAAGAGCUUCAGAAGGGGGGAGCCGGAGCACCCCGUUAGCAUGGUUACCCUUGGGGAUACCAUGAGAAACAAGCUGGGUUGUAUGGCUUCGAAGAUUGUUGGACAAAGAGGGCUUGGAGAAAGUGCGGGCGAGGAGGGGUACUGUGCUGUACUGAACUGAUGAACGGCAACUUCUGCCGCUGUACGGUGGGCAAGACGGUAUGACUGGCGAAGGCUCGUUUGUCGUUUGUCGUUUGUCGUUAGUCGUUUGUCGUUUGUCGUGCUCCCUGAGGGGGAAACUACGGGGACACACAGACAGUACUGGUGGGCAACGAAGAGGCAAUGCCUGUGCCGUUGCGCUCGAUUCAUGGCAGGGGUAGUUCGGAGCUUGGCCUAAUGAGUCAGAAAUGUCGUAUUUUUGGGUGCUCGUUAUUUGAUUAGGCGAGUGAGAGGUUUUGGGUGGACUCGUGACUGUGUCGGGAGACAUGGUUGCACGGUGGGGGAGCAGCAACACUGAGAGGCCAUGAUGUGGGACGUGUCGCCUGACGUAUCCCUGGCAGGCGAUAAAGCUCUGUUCGCUCCUAGUGGUGCUGUCCAUCGUUAGGCCGUAUGGUAGCUACAUGCGCUUGCUAUGUAGCUGAGGCGAGGGAGGUUGUAGCACUGUAGCAAGUAGGCCUGAUAGCAUUGAAGCACUGUGCACUGCCCAACGACAUGAACUUCAUGAACGGUACCAGGCGCAACGCCGGCUGGUCCGGUUAGUCUCAUGUAAAUUGACUGCAAUAGGUGACUCGCUUCCGAGUAAGUCAGGG